UUCUGAGGCUAGCGUUAGUGGCUAGUUGAGGUGAGGUGAGUGUUGAGCCAAACAGACAGAGUCGUAAGACGAAGGAAGAAUAGCAAUGACGAGCGAGGAAACAAAGACGGCACCUGCCGCCCCUGCUGAGUCUGAAAAGGCCUCCGAAAAAGAUACCAAGGAAGAGACGAAGGAAGAGGUGAAGGAGACAAAAGAGCCGGUGAAGGAGUCGCCGAAGGUGCACAAGCCUGACUUUGAAGAGAACGUCGUGUACCUCUACCAGUUCAGCCGGACGCCCUUCCUACCCUCGCUGUCUCCCUAUUGUUUGAAGGUAGAGACCUGGCUGCGUCUCGCAGGUCUGAAGUAUGAGAACGUGGACCACAAGAUCAAGUUCCGCUCCAAAAAAGGACAGUUGCCGUUCAUCGAGCUAAAUGGUGAAGAAAUUGCUGAUUCGGCCAUCAUUGUCAAAGAGUUGGCUGCCAAGUUUGACAAAGACCUUGACAAGGACCUUACUAACGAGCAAAAGACGCUCAGCCAUGCCAUGAUCUCCAUGAUUGAAAAUCACCUCUUCUGGGUGGUGAUUUGGUGGAGGUCCAAGCACCCAGAAAACAUGCUCAAAGGCUAUAAGUUGAACUUGCAACAUGCAAUGGGUACGAAGAUUCCCCAGGGCAUUCUCAACUUCCUCUUCAAAAUCAACUUUGCUCGCAAAGGCAGCAAGAAGGUCAAGGCACAGGGAAUUGGCGUUCACAAACCAGACGAAAUUCUUGAGUUCGGCAAGAAUGAUCUAAAGGUUUUGUCAGAGUUACUCUCUGACAAACCCUUUUUCUUCGGAGAUGAACCAACUUCUCUCGAUGUGGUUACUUUUGCUAACCUGGCGCAAAUUUACUUCAUGGACAAGGAGGUUGAGUACCCACUCCGUGACUUCAUGGGCGAGUCGUGCCCUAAUCUGGUUGGUUUGGUCAACCGAGUGAAGGAAAGGUGCUUCCCUGACUGGGACGAAAUGUGUGCAAACCUAGAUCUGAACUCCCAUCUCCCGAAGCCUCCUAAAGUGGAAGAAAAGCCCAAACAAGAAGAGGCUGUGGAGGAAAAGAAGGAAGAGAAGGAGAAGGAUAACAAAGAGAAACAGGAGAUUGAAGAUGUAAAGGACAAGGAGGAGAAUGAGAAGAAUGACGAUGCAGAGAGCAAGGAGCAAAAAUGAACGGUUUCCCAUGGGAACUGAAGAAACAGCAGCCUCGACUUUAGGUGGGGUGUGGCUACUGCCAUCAAUGCAACUUGAAGAUAGAUAUCGCUGCCACCACACGCCACCUCCUCUCCUUUUAUAUCAGACAUUUUUAAAGAUGAGGCCAAUUUUUGUGUAGCUUAAUAGUUAUGGACAUUACUUUGCGUGCUAACCCUAUGAUUACUUAUUUUGAGUGGCAUGGUGUCAGUGGGGUUGAUCCGUAAAGUUUUGUUGUCAUGAUGCAUUUUCUAUCUGGAGAUUGAGAGGUAGUUUUUAAGGAUAUUUAGUCACAUGUGGUAUUUUAUUUUUGAGAGAAAUGAUUUUAUGACCGUAGCUUCUUUUUUUAUUAUUAAUGCUAUUGAUUAAUUAAUAAUUAUUACCAAGAUAUUCUACAAGUUUAAAUAUGAAUCUCAUUCCUGACUUGGUGCCCUUCAAGGUCCCCUUCUUUGUCUAGCUAUAUGCACAGGGGGCAGGACAGAGAGCUCUCUAUGUAGAGCAAUACUGACUUCUUGCCACCCCUACACAACAUAAAAAACGUGCUACAACUUUGUUUAGUGUAUGCAUCUAAAAACAAAUAAAAAAAAUCUUUAAACUAUUA